GCAUUGUGGGUUAUAGUCGGUGGCCAUUUUGGAGCGUGGAAGAUGACUGAUGCAGGGUUUUUUAAGGGCACGACAGCCGACCAGGACAAUCGGUUCAGCGACAAAAAGAAAAAAUUAAUGAAGUCCAUGAAGUUCAACGAUGGACUGGAACAAAAGGUUGACAUGUCUAAAGUUAACUUGGACACGAUCAAGCCCUGGAUAGCUCAGAGAAUCACAGAACUGCUGGGCAUCGAAGACGACGUCCUUGUAGAAUUUGUCUACAACCAGUUAGAGCCCAGGUUCCCCGACCCGAAGGAAAUGCAGAUCAACCUGACGGGAUUCCUGAACCCGAAGAACGCGCGAAUUUUCCUGGGAGAACUCUGGGAACACCUGUGUAGCGCUCAGGAAAACAUCGGGGGCAUCCCCGCCAAGUUUGUAGAGCAGAAGAAGGAGGAAAUCAAACGAAAAAAGGCGGAGCAGGAAAGGAUUCAGGCAAACUUAAAGAAACACGAGGAACAGAUUCGUGAGACUCUACGUGAACAAGAGGAGCAGGAGAAGAGGCAGAGAAGGAGGUCAAGAUCUAGAAGUAAGAGUCCCAAGAGAAAAAGAGAGCCCUCCCCGACAAAAUCUCCGAAGAAAGAGAAGAGUCCGACCCCCGACAGGAAGUCAGGAUCUCCCCAGAAACCUGACGAGUCCUCCACAGAGGUCAAAACCAAUGGUAACGAUGUGGUAAAUCAGAAUGGGACAGAAGAAAAGAAGGAGGUAAAGACAGACAAGGAAGAGCAGAAGAAAAAGUCCUCCAGUCGAUCUAGAAGUAGGUCACACAGUCGUCAUAGGAGUCGCUCUGCUGACCGUCGCCGACGCAGAUCUAGGUCAAGAUCACGACGUCGCUCCCCCGCCAGACGAAGGUCAAGGAGUCGGUCCUGGAACAGACGGCGCAGUUCUCCGCGACGAUUCAGACGACCCUCCCCACGCAGGAGGUCAUCACCACGGCGAAGAAGUGUAUCACCACGACGCAGGAGUCCAGCAAAGCCGCGUCGAUCAGCUGAACGAAGUCCCAAGAAACGAGGGCAGAAGUCAAGUUCCCGAUCCUCUAGCAGUUCUGGCAGUUCUAGGUCACCAUCGCCUUCAAAUACGAAGAAAAUAACAAAGGAAGGAGAGAGGAGUGGAUCUGAUAGUUCUCCAGAUAAGGGGGGUGUACAGAAGAGGAGACAAUACCGAAAACAUGACGUCGAGUCCAGCGGGUCCUCCUCGUCUUCAGAUAGCGAGGCCUCUCCAGAGAGAAAGAGACCAGACAGAGGUAGGAGUCCAUUGUCCCCCCGUGGACGAGAUCGUAGAUAUUCCCCAGUGGGACGCAGGAGAUACUCCCCUCCACCCAGCCGAUUUAGUCCAGUCCGAUACAGACGACCUUCACCUCGCUAUAUAUCACCAAGGCGACCCAGAAGACGAUCAUCCCCAUAUUACGACAAUAGAAGGAGCCCGUUCCGGAGAGAUGGUUAUUCCCGGGGCUACUCUCCUCCCCAGCGCUGGGGAUCACCAUCCAGACGACAGCGAUCCCCUCCCAGAAACAUGUCCCCACGACGCAGGUUGGAUUCCCAUGAUUCCCCUCCCUACAGACGACGUAUGGACUCGGAGGGGUCACCCCCUAGACGAAGGGAAUCUCUAGGGUCGCCUCCAAGACGACUGGAGCCUGGUGGGUCAUCAAGAAGAGAUUCAAGGUCACCUGAAGGUUGGCGCAGUGCCAGAGAGGAUUCACAGCAGAGAAGGGAGCCCUUGUCAAGUAAAUCUGAUGUCAGACAACGUAAAGGUCGUGAGAGGUCACCAGAAGUCAGGAAGGGUCGUGAGAGGUCAUCUGAGGUCAGGAAAGGUCGUGAGAGGUCACCUGAGGUCAGGAGGUCACCUGGCAAGGAGAGAAAGGAGAGUGAAAGUUUGUCUUCAGAGUCAGAAUCUGAAUCUAGUGAAGCAUCAUCUCCAAAACAGAAAAGAGUGAAGGAGCUUUCCUCGGAGAGAAAACAGGUGGACAGGCUGAAACCAGAACCGGCCAGAAAACGUAAACAGUCUCCAGUCGGCAGGAAGGAGCGAGUCAAGAAAGAACCAGAGGAAAGUGAAGAUUCUGACUCGGAGUCAGGAACACCAUCACCACCUCCAAGAAAACAACAAAGGGAAGGUGCUCAGUUAAAAUCUCGCAUACAACGUGAAGAUCCGGGAAUGCGUGGCAGGGAAAGAGAAGGCAAGAGACCUGUAGGAAGCUCAAAGAGAGAAACUCGACCAUCCCCUGAACCAAGGAAAAAACUUCCCCCGAGAGAUGAAUCAGACGACAGCGAAAGUGAGAGUUCUGACUCCAGCGUACCAGAUAGAAGACCAUCCCCACCCCCAAAGGAUCGGGAAGGGUCAUCACGUAGGAGGUCAUCCCCACCCCCUAAGGAACGUACAAGGUCAUCCCCACCCCCAAGGGAAAGAGACGGGUCAUCACGCAGGAGGUCUUCUCCACCAAUGGGCCGUGGGCGCUCACCUGUUGACCGACCCACACAGAGGGAAACAUCAAGACGUGACAGGUCACCAGUCUCCCGUUCAAUGAGGAGAUCCCCCUCAGAAGAAAACCGAUGGAAGAGGUCAAGACGACCCUCUCCUUCCCCUCGACCUCGGGACAGGGAAUCUCUGUCACCCCCUGCCAGGCGGUCCAGAUCACCGCAAGUCAGACGUAAGAUGUCGCGCUCCCCGGAGGCCCGAGGGUCCAGGUCCCCACCACCUCCAGAGAGGACAUAUUCCCCCCGGGGCAAAAGGAACCGAGGAUUUAGUGGAUCAGAGAAUUACCCUCAAUCCAAAAGAUCCCGGGAUUAUGGCAUUGAGGUCAGAGGUGAGAGUUCAGAGUUCAGGGCUCGUGGUAAAGAGGAGCAGAGUAUGUACGAGCGUCGAGUGAUGGGUGGACGAUGGGAGGAGGAUGACGUGCGGGGGGAUAAAAGGGGAACCCCCUAUAUGGAGGAGGAGGGGUACAAGAGGGUUGUCAUGGUGAAGCCUCGAGAGGACAGGAAGGAGGAGGAGCUAGGGGAGGCCCAACAAAGGGGAAAAACGGAGAUAAAAGAGGCUUCUGGGAGUGAAUCUGAGGAAUCUCAAACUUCUAAGAAGAAAAAGAAGAAGGAAAAGAAGAAGCACAAGAAACAUAAAAAGCACAAGAAACACAAACAUAAGAAGAACAACCCGAAGGGGGCUGAAGGAGAGGACUCGGACAGCCAAGAAGACCUGGAGGCCCUGGAGAAACGAUUAAGAGAGAGGGCACUGCAGUUGAUCUAAUCUAAAGAGGAAGUGGAGCGUGAACGACAACUCCGAGAAAAGGCGCUACAGUCAAUGAAACGUCGCAGUGGGCCAGACAGCAGUGAUGAUGACUCUGACUGAAGUGAUGUCACCAUAUGAUGUCAUAAUAGAAAGUGAUGUCACAAUUGAAAGUGAUGUCACAAUUGAAAGUAAUGUCACAAUGUGAUGUCACAUUGUAUAGUGAUGUACUAUGGAAAGUGAUGUCACAAUGAGAAGUUGUUAAUGUAGGGUAAAAUCCCAGGUUGAAAUAAAGUCAAAUUCCCAGUGAAUGGGGAAAUCCUAUGACAUUAAAGGAAUAAUUAAUUGAAUUUCUUGCAUCAUAAAAUCAUGAUAACAUAAGUGAUUUUUUUUUCUUGUUAUGAAAUGUGACAUUGACUGUGUGGGGAUUAACCACAAUUGAGUUAUACAUUAUUACUGAAAAUUUCUUUUAUUAAUAUUUAAACAAUAUUACAGACUUGAUCAGUGAUUUAAGAAUCCAUUUAGAGUCAUUUUGCUUGUGUCUGUUCAUUCUUAUUUUAUCAUGAGAAAGAUUUGUCAUUCUGCUGAAAGAAUCGUGUUUGGUCUAUUAUGAAAAGCUGUAGAUAUUUUGUGAUUUUUAGCUGAUAACCUUGUUAACUAUAAUGUGUGAGAGUGGAGAAGUGGUUUUCAUUUUGUAGACUUGUAUUGCUUAAAUCUUAAAAAUAAACAUGAAGAAACA